AUGCCUUUGUCAUCUUAUUGGAAUUGGAAUCAAGAAGCUAUCUCUUAUGGAAAUGCCUCGGAGCUGUACUUUUGUCAGUAUGAUGUAAUGCGAGACUUAGCCUUGUACUUGGGAUUCAGAGACAGUGCAGUCCAUGGGUUUGAAAGUACAUCGACAUUGAACAAUACCAACCUACAAGAUUUAAACCUGGAUCACUGUCAUGAUCAUGAGGUGUUGGCUCCUGGAAUCUACAAUAUUCAAUCAAUCCAUUGUCAUCUUAUUCAGAAUUUACCCUCUGAUCUUGGAAGUAUGAGCUAUCUAAGAGUAUUAAGGCUAUCGGCAUUAGCAAGCCUUAAAGAACUUCCUUCCUCAAUUGGAAAUCUUGUGUGGCUGGAAUAUCUGGACAUUUCAAUAUGUGAGGGUUUGAAAAAACUUCCAUGGGAAAUAGGAAAAUUGGGGAAAUUGAGUGAAUUUGGUAUGAGGGAGUGUUCUCGUUUGAGGAGACUACCUAGAACCGUCUAUGGGUUAGGUUCAUUGAAACGUGUUAUUUGUGAUGAGGACAUUGGAAAGCAGUAG